AUGGAGCAAGCGUCUGCUCCCAUCUCCCAUCCGCCGUCCCCGGUGCCCACAACCUACUGCUACGAACAUAUAACCGACGAAGCGAUCGCUUCAUGGUCAAGCGGUAGCAGACAGGCAUUGAUCGACCAUGGCGUCAGCUCGAGGUCGGAUGUGGACACCGAGGAAUUGACCACCAUCUACCAAGAGUUCAUCCAUGCUGUCGUGGAGGGCCGACUGUCACCCGUCGACGCUGGCGCUUGCAUGAAGGAGAUACUUGGCACCGAAUCGCAAGAAAUGAUUAAGGACUCCUUCUCGUUUGAGCCGCACACUCUCUUCCUCGACACUUUGUCAAUCAUCUUCGACAAUGAUCGAAAUCUCUUCAAACCCCAGCUUCGCGAUUUUAUCCAAGCAACUGGCGUUUCGCCCGAACUUGUUCGCCAAACCCUUGAUGCGCAGCUACUCCAGGAUCUCGGUCUCAUCAGGGAAACCUUUGUGAAGCUUGGAAUUAGACACGCAACCAAUCUCUUGUACCGACAAGCCAACUACAACCUACUGCGCGAAGAAAGCGAAGGCUACUCCAAAUUAAUGACCGAACUCUUUACAACAAGCAGCGCAGAGCCCCCUUCCGCAGAAACGGCACAUGCAGCAUUCGAACGCCUGAAGGGACUUAUUGGGACUUUCGACCUUGACGUCGGAAGAGUACUCGACGUUACGCUGGACGUCUUUGCUGCCGUGCUCAUCAAGCAAUUUCGAUUCUUCAUCAAACUCCUCCGCGUCAGUUCUUGGUGGCCUCGCAACCAAAGCCCUGCUGCAACUAUUUAUACCGGUGGUUUACCACCCUGGGCCCUGCCCGAUCAUUCCCAUUGGAUGACUAGCGACGAAGUCGAAUUGACGACUGCUGAAUUGAGACGUCAACGAGAUGUUGAGUUCUGGGAUCGUGCGCGCGAAGUUCAUAUCGAUGCAUUCUUCCAGCUUGGAGGAAGGCAAGUCACAGAUGAGCAUCUCAAGCUGUUGGAGGCAUCAGAGUCUGCAUCCGAGGCUGAAGUCAACGCCGCCUCUGCAUGGAUGAAGGUGACAAAGACACUUCCCCCUCAAGGAAACCGAACCGCCGCCCAGCUCCUUGGCUUCAAGUUGCGAUUCUACGCCUCUGAUGCCAGAGAUCCUGAUGAUGUCUUGCCGGCAAACCUUCUCUACCUUGUCGCGCUACUCGUCAAGGUUGGGUUCAUGUCCCUAGUGGACAUCUAUCCUCAUCUGUGGCCUCUCGACGAGGAGAUGGAUUCGAUGAGGGAAAAGAAGAUGAAGGAGCUCGAGGAAAAGGAAAGACAAAGCCGACCUGGCGCCUCACAAAACGCCCUUCUCAUGGCUGGUGCGUUGCCUGACGACACGGCACCGCCGCCCGCAACGCGCACUCGAGACGCCGCUGGAAAGUCCGAUGCCGACUCCAAAGCCGAGGCCGGAUCUGAGGAGAAGGAUAAGCUACCGGAACCUAUGGAGCAGAAGGCAGCAUUACUCACGUGCCUGUUAACAAUCGGCGCCAUCCCCGAGUCGCUCUUUAUCCUUGGCCGUUUCCCUUGGCUCCCGGAGGCCUACCCCGAAAUCUUGGAUCGAAUUCAUCGCAUCCUAAACCACAGCAUCGAGAAGGUCUACAAAGAAAGCAAGCCCAGUGCGGUUGGCUCAGCCGAAUGCCCUUCAAAGCCCAUUGCUGACGUCGACCAAACAGGUGUCGCUAAAGGCACUAUCAAGCUUAGCACCACGCCAAUCAAGAAGUCCAUGAGAUGGCCAUUCCCGGACGGGUUCGACGGCAGAGACCAGCACUACAGAUUUUACUGGGACGAAUGGGCCGACAAUGUCCCAGUUUGUCAGACAGUUGACGAUGUCUUCACACUGUGUGACACGUUCCUGAACCUCUCUGGCGUGAACAUUGGCAAAGAUCCUGCGUUGCUCGCUAAGUUUGUCAGUAUCGGAGCCAAGAGUCUGGCGGAGGACCGCUCUCAACAAAACAUGGACCGAUGGCAGGAACUCUUGCGGCGUAUCCUGGUCCCCGCACUCAGCAUGACUACAGCUAAUGCCGCCGUUGUCAACUCCGUUUGGGAUUUGCUCAAGCUCUAUCCCGUCGCGAGCCGAUACUCCAUUUACGCCGAGUGGUUUGAGGGUCAAAUCUCCCGACUGCCGGCAAUGAAGGCUGCGUUCACCCGGACUCGUGUAGAAACCAGAGGAGUGAUGAAGCGCAUUUCUCUCACCAACCUUAGCGAGAUGGCCAAAUCACUGGCCAAGACCAGUUACUCCUCACCCGGCAUUGUCUUCAAGGAAGCCCUAGGCCAGAUCGAGUCUUAUGCCAAUCUCAUCGAAGCUUUCGUCGAAUGUGCCAAAUAUUUCACCGACUUGGCAUACGACGUUUUGAUAUGGUCCUUGAUGAGCUCUUUGGGCGGCAAGCGAAGCCGCACACAAGAGUCUUCUAUCCUGCUGACCAGCAAGUGGCUCCAGGCGCUUUCCAAGUUUGCUGGCAAAGUCUUUAAGCGGUAUUCCAUCCUGGACCCGACUCCGAUCCUCAAAUAUGUCAACGAUCAGCUCUUUCAGGGCAACUCGACUGACCUGAUCAUUCUCAAGGAGCUCGUGGCCUCCAUGGGCGGUGUGGUCCAAGUCCUUGACUUCACUGAUGACCAAAUUCUGGCUAUGUCGGGAGGUGAGGUGUUGCGGCGUCAGACGCUUCUCAGUCUUCAAGACAAGCGGUUUGAGUCGACUCGCAGCGCCAAGCGCUUGAUGCAGUCCCUCGUUGACUCGAAUCUUGCCGGGCGUGUGCUCAUCAAUGUCGCACAAUACCGACAAUCUGCCAUCUACAAACUUCCAGACGACGAGGCGCACAUAAAGUAUAUUGGCUCUGUCAUUGACGAUAGCCAUCAGAUUCUGGUCCAAUACCUGGAUCUCCUGCGGACCAACUUGGAGCCCCAUGAAUUCGAUUCGCUGGUGCCUGCCAUCACCCGUCUCAUGGACGAGUUCGGCCUCGACGCAAGCCUGGCAUUUCUUAUUGGCCGAGAGGGCGUUUCUCAUAACAUGUUUGCCACGAAGCCCGAAUCGUCGACAAACCCGACCGACUCGGACGGAGAUGUCUCUAUGGCUCAGAAUGCCGUUGAGGCAAAAGAGACGACUGGAGAGACGACUGGAGAGACGACCGGGGAGCCGAUUGAGACGGAGGACAAGACAAUGACGCCAGCCGAGAUUCGAGAAAAGGCAAAGCAGGACUCCCUGCGCCAGAUCCACGAGGCUCUUGAACCUAUUGUCGAAUCGAUGCGGUCAAUCACACCAGCGUCCUCUUGGAGCAAGCUCAGCCCCGAGUUCUAUGUUCUGUUUUGGGCAUUGCAACUCGGUGACAUUGAGGUACCUGCUGCAAGUUACAAUAGUGCUCAUAAAAGGCUUUCGAACAUGCAAAGAGACCUCAACAGAGAUCGCUCAGACAUGAGCCGCAGUGGGAUCAACAAGAAGGAGACCAAGAAAGCCGAGCUUCUCAAGAUCAGCAACGAGCUGCCCAAAGAAGCAGACUCCCAGAUGAAGCGAGCGCGAGUUGUCCGAGACUACAUGUCGGAGCACAUGGCAACAUGGUUUCCUGGCUCGGCGACCAAAUUGAAUGGUAUCUCGGAUGCAAUCCUCGAGCAAUGCUUGCUUCCGCGUCUCGUGCUCUCGGCUAGUGAUGCAGAGUACUGCUCUGUGCUUAUUAGAAAGCUUCACACAUUCGGUGCACCAAACUUCCGACUGAAGGCGUUGUAUGAUAGACUCUUCAACGUCAAUAGGCUGCGGGCGAUGAUUUUCACCUGCACCGUCCGCGAGGCGGAGCACCUCGGCAGGUUUCUCAACUGCAUCCUCAAAGACCUAGCCAAAUGGCAUCGCGACACGAACGUUUACGAGAGGGAGGCUGUCGGCAAGCGUAGCUUCCUUCUUGGCUUUGCCUCCGAGUUUGAUGACAAUGGAAAGCCGACAUCUUAUUAUGAUCAUGCGCAAUUCCGAGACAUCCUGUACGGAUGGCACAACAAGCUCAACUUGGCGUUGAAGUCCUGCCUGGGGGGGAUGGAAUGGAUGCACAUUCGCAAUGCCAUGACAGUGCUCAAGGCUGUUCUCGACUUCUUCCCGGCGGUUACCUUUAUGGGCAACCAAUUCAUCGAGCAGCUCAAAACAAUCACCGAGCGCGAAGCGGCUUCGAAGACUGCAUCUGCUGGAGGGGAGGGCCACCGAGUGGACCUUUCUGUCGCUGCCCAAGGUGCUCUAUCCGAGUUACAAAGGAGAAAGGCGAAAUGGGUGUUGCCAGCUGGCUUCCGGCCGAACAUGAAUGGUCAAGCUCAAGGGAAAGCCAAGGAUGGUGAAGCUAGCGGCGUCAACAACCUGCGCCCUACUGCGGCUGAGUUCAAGCCAGCUUUAGCCAAAACUGCGGCAGAGCAGGAAGACGGAGAGGUCAAGGACGGUAAAGACGCCGAGUCUCGGCCUGCAGCCUCACCUGCCCCAGGCUCAAUCACACAGAAAGAUGCCAAUUUGCCUCCAAAGCCAUCGGCUUCCCCCGUAGAGCCUGCCAAGGUCGGAUUCGGACGUGUGGACUUCGGUUCUGCUGGCUCAAGCAAGCCAUCGACGCCCAAGCCAGUUGCCGCCACCCCGACACAGAGUAAUGCGAACCACCGAGAUGUACCCAAGACUACCCCCACACCCACGGGCCCCGACCGAAGCGCACAUAGCCUUCCUAAGCGACCAGACGCCAUUACGGACGGACCCACUUCACCCCAGACGCGCUGCCAGACCGUCGAGACCAGAGAGAACCGCGAGAACCCCGCGGUCCCAGAGACACAAGAGAACCUCGGGACCUUAGAGAAAACCGAGACCCGCGGGAAUCUUCGAGGGAUCCUAGAUUCCCUGAGCCUUCUCGACCUGAACGCGGUCGUGACUUUGCCAACCAAGACAGACGUGGGCCAGAUGCUCCAUCUAGAGAACCCGGCCGGCUGUCAGAGAAAGAUUGGCCACCUAGGCAAGACACGCUUCCUCCCCGCCGCGACCACGGAGCCCACGAGCGUGACAGUCGGCCCCCUCGCGACAGGCCGGCGCCGACGAAUGGACGCAAUGCCGAGCCUGGCAGACUUUCUCGAGAACCUGUUGCCGUUACACCGCCGCCACAGUCAACUCAGAAGCCACCUGAGGACCCGCCAGUAA